UCCCUCAUUUCCUGUCAUCUUCUUAUUUAUUCUUCCCUUCUCUCUCUACAAAAUGAACAUUCUCUCUCCAUUCCUUCUCCACUAACUCUAUCAUUCUUCAUCCUUCUUUUCUCUCUCAUCGCCAUGACAAUCCUCCAAAGAACACGAAGUAGCAGUGCCGCCAUCAAAGCCACCACAAAAUUAAUCCCAUCUUCCAUCUCCGGCCACCGCCACCACGACUUCAGAUCCUUCUCCUCCUCUAAUCUGCCGCCGGAGUAUUCCAAUCCAAACAAUUUUUCCGGCCACCAUGGCCACCGCCACCAAACGGUAACGGGAUCAAAAUUCUCUAUCCUUCUCCACUCACUUCUCAAGCUCCUCUCGGUUCCCACUUGUAAAUGGCUCUCCAUCCCCACCCACCUCUCCGUUAGGCCGUCUCUUGGCCGGAGAGUUGUCACUGGAACACUCUUUGGUCGACGCCGUGGCCACGUCACCUUUGCGGUUCAAAUACACCCCCAAUCCGAGCCGGUUUUGUUGCUUGAGUUGGCCACUUCUACUUCAUCCCUAGUCAAGGAAAUGUCCUCCGGUUUGGUUCGGAUAGCCCUCGAAUCUGAGGCACCUGCCUAUAAUGAUGGUCGACCAAAGAAGUUGUUUGAGGAGCCCAGAUGGACGAUGUAUUGUAACGGUAGAAAGUGUGGGCACUCGAUGUUGCGUACGUGUGGAGAGUUUGAUCGGUAUGUGUUGAACAUGGUCCAGAGUGUGUCGGUCGGUGCCGGAGUUAUUCCAGUGGUGGAGAACGGCGGAAAAAGCAGUAGGUCAGAGGGAGAGUUACUUUACAUGAGAGCAAAGUUUGAGCGAGUUGUAGGUAGCCGUGACUCGGAAGCUUUUUACAUGAUAAAUCCAGAUAGUAAUGGAGGACCUGAACUCAGUAUUUUUCUUCUAAGAAUAUAAUUUUUCCAAUAAGAAAAAGCCCACAAAAAUAGAUGGAUUAACUUCUAUUUCUGACUUCUAUCGUUUACUUAUUUUAAUUAAAUGUAUAAUAACUCAAAUUCAAGCAUAACUUAAUACAAAGGUUGGAUGGUUGAAUUUGAUCACUGUGAUAGAUAGUACAAAAAUAUAUAAUUACUUAUAAAUCGUUUUGGUCUUUAUUU